GAAAAAUAUUACGAUUACACCUAAUUUCCCCUCCUAUUUCUCGACCUCUUUGUUUUGCCUCUCUCUCUUUCUCCUCCAAAGCUCCAGCUUGGAGGUACUAUGGAGUCCCCUCUUUCGCCCUUCUCUUCUCAAUGCUCCUGAUUUUUUUUUAUUGUCUUUUUAAUUUUUAUCUUCCUAAACUGCUAAAAUGUUAAAGUUGGUUGAAAUGAGCGGGAAACGUAAGGAAAAUAAUUUUCUUUUCUUUUUGGAAUAAGGGUGAAGGUUUGGGUUUCUAGGGUUUCCGAGAGGAAACCGAAAAGAAAAUUACGGUUUAGUGUUUUUUUUUUUUGGCCUUUUUGGUGGUGUUUGUGGAAAAUGCCGGCACAUCGAUCCAAGUCGGAGAAAAACGACGGCAUGGCGAAGCAGCUUCGGCGGGAUCCCUAUGAGGUACUUGGGGUCUCGAGGAACUCCACGGAUCAGGAAAUUAAGAGCGCGUACCGGAAAAUGGCUCUCAAGUACCAUCCUGAUAAGAAUGGAAAUGAUCCUGUCGCAGCUGAUAUGUUCAAGGAGGUCACAUUUUCAUAUAAUAUCUUGUCUGAUCCAGAUAAAAGACGCCAGUAUGACACAGCUGGUUUUGAGGCUGUUGAAUCAGAUAACCAAGAAUUGGAGCUUGAUCUUUCAAGUUUGGGGGCUGUGAACACCAUGUUUGCUGCACUUUUUAGUAAACUUGGGGUUCCAAUUAAGACCACUGUAUCUGCAACUGUUUUGGAGGAGGCACUUAAUGGUGUGGUCACUAUUCGUCCACUUUUGCUAGAGCAACCUGUUUCUAGGAAGGUUGAAAAACAAUGUGCUCACUUCUACUCUGUCACAAUAACAGAAGAGGAAGCAAGAGAUGGGUUUGUUUGCCGAGUACAAUCAUCUGAUAAAAGCAAGUUCAAGUUAUUGUAUUUUGAUCAAGAAGAGAACGGUGGAUUAAGCCUUGCUCUUCAGGAGGACAGUGCAAAAACAGGAAAGGUUACAUCUGCUGGAAUGUAUUUUCUUGGCUUCCCUGUGUAUCGCUUGGAUCAAACAGUCAACUCGGUAGCUGCUGCAAAGGAUCCGGAUACAGCUUUCUUCAAAAAACUGGAUGGAUUUCAACCAUGUGAAAUAACUGAAUUAAAACCAGGCACUCAUGUAUUUGCUGUUUACGGUGACAACUUUUUUAAAAGUGUAAGCUACACUAUAGAAGCUAUUUGUGCUGCCCCUUUCAUAGAGGAAAAGGAGAAUCUUAGAGCUGUGGAGGCUGAGAUUCUGUCCAAACGUGUGGAACUGUCAAAGUUUGAAACUGAAUACAGAGAGGUCCUGGCACAAUUUACAGAGAUGACAAGCAGAUAUGCGAAGGAAAUGCAAGAGAUCGAUGAGCUUCUCAAACAAAGGAAUGAGAUUCAUGCCUCAUACACAACUGCUCCACCGAUUAAGCGAAGUUCAAGUAGGAGUAGGAGUAAGGGUGCCUCCAAAGAGGUGAAAGAAGAUGGUGAAGUGAGAGACAGAAAACAUUCAAUGAGGGAUAGAACUAAGAAGAAGAAAUGGUAUAAUAUCCGCUUGAAAGUUGACAAGAGAAAGCCAUGCUGAAUAGGUUGUAAAGAAGUCGGCAACUUUUGGGGUCUACAAGUCAUUGGUUUUUUGCACCUGUAAUUUAUUGCAGUGGUUCAACAUUUGCGCAGGCAAGUAUUAGACUGCAACAGAAUAUGUUGAUCAUUGAAUGAGAUGGUUAAGAAAAUUUAACUAUUUCUUCCGCAUGCCAAGGAAGGGAAGACAGCAGCUCAUUGUUAUUGUAAAAUUCGUUCUUUUUGUUCCCCCACCUUUUGCCUAGGUCUUGUUAUUUCCCCCUUUUGUAUUCCCAAUGAGAAUACUUGUAAAUUGCAUAAAAUUAAUUUUCAAGAUCCUCCUUCCAUCAACUCUUUAAAUGGGUUGUAUAUUCGGGGUAAUGAAAUGGCAGUCUAUAAUCACCUCCUAGGCCUGAUGUGUUUACUAUUGCCAGAAUAUUGUAUUAGCCGAUUGAUUCUGACUGA